AUGGCCAUGCCGAUGUUGAAGAGAAGAAAAGUAGAAGAAGAAUCAGUAGAGAAAUUCGCAAUGGCAAAUUGUGUGGAUAUCUUGAAGAGGAAUGAGUCAUUAGGAAGAAGUAAGCACUUUGAGUGCAAGACAUGCAAGAAGCAAUUUGAUUCAUUUCAAGCACUUGGCGGACAUAGAACAAGUCACAAGAACACGACGAAUAAGCUCAUCACGACGAUUACUACUGUCGAAUUAUUACCCGUUAAGCCCAAAAAACACGAAUGCACCCUUUGUGGCGAAGAGUUCACUCUGGGCCAAGCUUUGGGAGGACAUAUGAGGAAACAUCGCGAUGAAUUGAAUCAACUCGAGCAAAAGAAGAAGAAAUUGAAGAAGAAUUCGAAGAGUGGUGAAUUUGCAGAAGCUCUUCACGAGAAGAAAGAUAAGGGUAGUACUGGAAGAAAUUUGUUCUUGGAUUUGAAUUUGACGCCGUAUGAGAAUGAGGUGAUGAUAGGGAUAAUUCCUAGUUAG